AUGGUGGAGUACCCGGGAUUCGUGCGCGACGAUCGGCGCGCUUUGCGGACGAUGGGCGGCGAAGAGACCAUCGCAAAGGAGCGGUCGCGGGGCCGGAGGUUCCUGGAGGUGCGGUUUGGGGGGGGAGGGGGGAGCGCGCACGGGGCUUAUGGGGAUGCCAGCGACACUUGCGGGGUGCUGCUGCGGAUUGCGCGGCGCAGGGCGCGGAGGAGGAAGGGGGAGAAGGGGGGGGAGGAGGGGGAGAAGAGGGGGAAGAAGCGGGGGAGAGAGGAGGAGGUGGGAGAUGGGGGGAAGGAUCAGGGGAGCAGGAGGAGCGGGGAGGGGAAGGAAGAUGAGUUUGGUAGAGGGAAGGAGGAGGGUAUGGGCAGUGAGGGCAAGAAGGAGGGAGUGGACGAAGAGGAGAAGGAAGGGAAGGAAGUGAAAGAGGAGAAGGGAGAAGAGGGAGAGGAGGCGGGCAAGGAAGAGGGAGAGGAAGCAAAGGAAGGGGAGGAAGGGGAGGAAGGGGAGGAGGCAGAGGAGAUUGACAUAUCGGUGGUGGCACGGAUCGAAGAGACGUACCGGUUCGAAUGUAUGCACCUCCUUUCAACCUCCUCUCAACCUCCUUUCAACCUCCUCUCAACCUCCUUUCAACCUCCUCUCAACCUCCUCUCAACCUCCUCUCAACCUCCUCUCAACCUCCUCUCAACCUCCUCUCAACCUCCUUUCAACCUCCUCUCAACCUCCUCUCAACCUCCUUUCAACCUCCUCUCAACCUCCUCUCAACCUCCUCUCAACCUCCUCUCAACCUCCUCUCAACCUCCUUUCAACCUCCUCUCAACCUCCUCUCAACCUCCUCUCAACCUCCUCUCAACCUCCUCUCAACCUCCUCUCAACCUCCUUUCAACCUCCUCUCAACCUCCUCUCAACCUCCUCUCAACCUCCUCUCAACCUCCUCUCAACCUCCUCUCAACCUC